UCAACAAACGACUGAAUUAGGUUAUGUUAAAUUAAAUCCAGUGCAGUGGAUUGCGUAGAUUUAUUUUAAUAAAAAAAUAAUUUAUAUAAGACUGUAAUAUAGUGUACUGUUAGUUUUAUAAGAGACACAUUUGAAAUACAAUGGCAAAGUUCAAAUUGAAGAAACCAUCAAAGAGGCAGCCUGCUCGCCUCCGCUACAAAAUAGAAAAGAAAGUAAAAGAUCACAACAGGAAAUUAAAGAAAGAAGCAAAAAAGAAUCCUAAAUCAAAGAAAGCAAAGCCUAUUUGCAUACCAAAUGAAUGUCCGUUCAAAAAUGACAUUUUGAAAGAGGUUGAAGCUGUUAAAAAGCAUAAAGAGGAAGAGCGCCAGAAGAAGCGGGAACUUGCAAAACUUGAGAAACAAAAGAAAAUGGAAGAAAAGAAGACCAGUAAAAUUAGUAUGAACACAUUAGUAGAAAAUGCACAAGCCAGAGGUAAAGUCCAUGAGGCUUUCAAAGGUGAUGAACCAUCAGAUGACGUGGAAUUCGGCAAGGACAGGAAACAAGAGAACUCGCUCAAAACUUACUACAGAGAGUUUAAGAAGGUUAUAUCAGAAGCUGAGGUUAUCUUAGAAGUGGUUGAUGCCAGAGAUCCUUUAGGUACACGCUGUGCCCAAGUUGAAGAGGCAGUCCGUGAGUCCGGCAAGCGUCUAGUCCUAGUUCUAAACAAAGCUGACCUUGUUCCCCGCACAAAUCUCGAGGCAUGGCUUAAGUAUUUACGAAAGACAGCCCCAGCUGUGCCCUUCAAGGCUUCCACUCAGGAUCAACAGCAUAAUCUAGGAACUAGGAAGAUGAAGCAUGUUGUUAAAGAGAAGCAGAUGAAAGGUUCAGCUUGCGUAGGUGCAGAGUUAGUAAUGAGCCUGUUGGGCAACUACUGCCGCAACAAAGGUAUUAAGACGUCGAUCACAGUGGGCGUGGUGGGACUGCCCAACGUGGGCAAGAGUUCCAUCAUCAACAGCUUGAACCGGUCUAAAGCUUGUAAUGUUGGCAGCACUCCGGGGGUUACCAAACAAAUGCAAACAGUCCAGCUAGACUCCAAGAUCAAGAUCCUGGACAGUCCCGGCAUAGUGUUCCACUCGGGGCCAGAAAGCGAUUCGUCCGUAGCUCUCAAGAACGCGGUCCGCGUGGGCAGCCUGAAGGACCCCGUGACGCCGGCCGCCGCCAUCUUGCAGAGGGCGAACAAACAAACGCUCACUGAACUUUAUAGUAUACCCGAUUUCAAUACUCCACAAGAAUUCUUCGCACACUUGGCAUCUCGUAUGGGCAGGUUUAAAAAAGGCGGGGUGCCCGACCAAGAAUCCGCAGCUAGGAUACUUCUGAACGAUUGGAAUACUGGCAAAGUUAGAUACUUCACCCUGCCUCCUGAGCAACUAGAAUCAGAUAUUCACGUGGACGCUAAGAUCGUGUCGACCAUAGCGGCGGAGUUUGAUAUAAACUCCUUCGAAGCGAUGGAGACGGAAGCUAUCAACGAACUGGCUGCUCACGAUACUGGCGUCGAAGGCAUUACGAUAUCAAGCACAGGUCCAGUCAAAGCAGCUUUAGAAGACGACAUGCAAGUAGACGAAGAAGACUCCAGUCUACUCCCAAAAUCAGUCAGCAUUCGCGCCAAACUCGACAAAGGCAACAAAUCCAACGAAAAAACUAAAACAGACCCUGAAAUGCUCAUCGAAGGCAACACUAAACUAAAUAAAUUAAGAAAACAACAGUUUAAGAAGGAUAAAAAGAAGAAAGCAAGGAAUGAGAAGCAAGCCGUCAAUCUAGCAGAUGUUCUAGAAAAUGUUACCAUAACCAGUUAUAAGAAAAAGGAUGACUACGAUUUUAAGGAAGACUUUUCACUUUAAAAACCACGUCAUAUUUUGUUUGUAUGGUAAUUUUAUUCAGUAAAGUUUGAGUACAUGUGGUACUAUCUUAUUUGUGAAGCUGUUUAUCAAGGAAAAACAAAGGAAAUUGCACUAUAAUUUAAAUGGUAAUAAGUCCCGUUUUACCUUGAAUUGUGUUUACUCAAGUAUUCGCCACGGUUAUCUGUAAACUUUUUGAGUGAAUAAAACGAUAAUUGUAAA